GAAGCAGCACUCACGCACUCAACAUGCUCGUAAAUGGAAACCGGAAAGUCACUCACUGAAAUCAACAAUUAAUGAGUCUCUUCAGUCUUCAUUUCUUGCCUCUUCUCCCUUCUUCUUCGUCUAAUAAGAUGAAAUCAUAGCUAAACCAAAACUCUGGUCUUCUAGGUUUCAAGUUUCUUCUGCUCUCAAAUUAUUUGGACAUCUAAUGGCAUCAUCUGAUGAAGAGGGUGAGAUUAUUCCAAGUGGUGUUAACGAUUAUUGGUUUGAAAAUGAGAAUGAUGGAUUUGCACCACUUUCUAGUUUGACAUUGUUGUGGAGCACUAGUGAUGAGAUCAGUUGUAGUUCGGGAACAAAAAUAUAUUUGCGCGGCACUGCUGAUGACGGACUCCAGAAGGUUCAUAAGCAGAUUAUAGGAUGGAGGUUCGAACUUUCCAAUGAGGAGCAGCCGGAGAUUUCAGUGCGUUUGAAGGACAAAAACUGGAUAACACUGCAAAGGCCAAGGAAGUGCUUUGAAAGUGCUUUUAGGACAGUCCUAGUCACAGUAUCUUGGCUGCAUGCUGUGAAAUGGAAUCCAGAGGAAACUGGAGUUUCUAUUUGGAACAAAAUAAUGAAGGCCUUUAGCUCAUUUGAUGUAAUGCCGUCCGAGAAUGAUCUUAUAAAUCAUAUGUCAAUGAUUAGAGAGGCCGCCAAAAGGGAUGCUGAUUUCGCAAAGUCGAAGUAUCUGCUAAACUUCAUUGGAGAGGGAGAUUCAAAUGAACUAUCCCAUGAGGAUGUUCGAUUCUCUAGGAAACCAAAAUUUAUAAUUGACUCAGAAGAGGAGAGUGACAAGUCCGAUGGUGAACUUGGCGUCAAUGUUGGGCAAAGUGUUGGUUAUGAUACUGUUUGUGCAAUUUGUGACAAUGGUGGUGAAAUACUUCCCUGUGAAGGAAGAUGUUUAAGAUCCUUCCAUCCAACUAUAGAAGAUGGUAAAGAUUCAUUGUGUGAUUCUCUUGGAUUCACUAAAGCUCAAGUUACAGCCUUUCCAAACUUUUACUGUGAAAAUUGUAAAAAUAAGAAGCAUCAAUGCUUUGCUUGUGGCAACUUGGGUUCAUCUGAUGAAUCAUCAAAUGCAGAGGUGUUUCCUUGUAUUACUGCAAACUGUGGUCAGCACUACCAUCCUGCAUGUGUUGCAAGGCUACUCUACCCCGGCAUUGACGCGGAGCAACAGGAAAGGAGAAAGAGAGUUGUUAUUGACAAGACAUUUAUCUGUCCUCUUCACAUAUGCACUUUAUGCAGAAAAGGUGAAAAUAGGAAUGUUCAUGAUUUGCAGUUUGCAGUAUGUCGACGCUGCCCUAAGGCUUACCACAGGAAAUGCUUACCCAAGGAGAUUCCACUCACAUUUGAUUAUGAAAAAGGCAUUGCACAAAGGGCCUGGGAUAACCUACUUGAUCGUCGUAUUUUGAUGUAUUGUAUGGAUCAUGAGAUAGUUCCAGAACUUGGCACUCCUGCUAGAAAUCAUCUAGUAUUUCCAUAUAAUAAAGUGAAGGAAAAGAAACAAGGCCACAAAUUAUUCAGCAAAGAGAAGGAUGCUAUACUAUUGAGGAAAAGUUUCGAAGAUCUUCCUCAUAAGAAGUCAUUGGCAACUAACCUGGUUACAAGGGAAAGCAUGGCUAUCCAAAAUGAUAGUUCUACCAAAGUUCGAGAUAAAAUAUGUAACGAGAAAGGUCUAUGUUUCUCACAUGGAUCACUCGAGUCUGUUGCUUCUAGCAAAUAUCUGAAAGAUGAAAAGAAGUCUUUGUCCGGUAGAUCCCUACCAAGCAUUGGCAGUAAAUUGAUUUUGAGCAAAGAUAACACACACACGAGUUCAAGAAUACAACAGGCUGUAUCUCUGCAACGAAAAUUGGUUAGUCAAAGAACAGAAACACGUAGCUUGGACAAGCCUCUGGUGAAAAAAGUCAAAACAUCGCCUGACUCUAUUCAAGCUGAUAUGGAAAAAGAAAUUUUAUCUUUGGUGAAAGAAUCAAUGUCUACAGUCAAUGAGGAAGAAUUCAAGAAGAACAAUCAAUGCUUUGGUUCAAGUUCUUGUUUCACAGAAACAGGAUUUGAUAAGAGCCUUACUCUAGGGAAAGUAGAGGGCUCUGUUAAGGCCAUUCAAACAGCUUUACAGAAGUUAGAAGAAGGGUGUAGUAUCGAGGAUGCAAAAGCUAUUUGUGAACCAGGGAUCCUCCAUCAGCUUUUUAUUUGGCAGAAGCAACUAAAAGUCUAUCUUGCUCCAUUUCUUCAUGGUAUGCGAUAUACGUCCUUUGGUCGCCAUUUCACUAAAAUAGACAAGCUGAAAGAGAUUGUUGAUAGGCUUCAUUGGUAUGUGCAAAAUGGUGACAUGGUUUUAGACUUUUGUUGUGGUUCCAAUGACUUCAGUUGUUUGAUGAAAUCAAAGCUUGAACAGAUGGGGAAGUCAUGCUCAUUUAAGAACUAUGAUUUAAUCCAAGCCAAGAAUGAUUUCAGCUUUGAAAAGAGAGAUUGGAUGAGCGUAACUGCAGAAGAGUUACCAAACGGUUCUCAACUUAUCAUAGGGUUGAAUCCUCCUUUCGGAGUUAAUGGUUAUCUUGCUAACAAGUUUAUUGACAAGGCACUGACAUUUAAGCCAAAACUCCUUGUACUUAUUGUGCCAAAAGUAACAAAACGACUUGACAGAAAGAAAGGUGGAUAUGAUUUGAUUUGGGAGGAUGAUGAGAUGCUUUCAGGAAAGGCAUUUUAUCUCCCGGGUUCAGUUGACGUGCGCGACAAGCAAUUAGAAGACUGGAACAACAAAACACCUCCUCUUUACCUUUGGAGUCGGCCGGACUGGAGUGCUCGGCACAGGGCGAUUGCUCUACAGCAUUGCCACAUAAAGGACAAGUAUGAUGAUGCGCAUGUGAAAGGAAUAGAAGUGAAGAAUUAUCUUAUGGAAGAGAAUCAUGACUGUUAUCAGGAUUACGCUGGAUUGCAUGAGCCUGGUGAUUUCUUAAGCAUAUUUGAUGGUGUCCCGGAUGAUAAUGGCGGUGCUACUCCAGAGGAAGGUGGCAAUUCUUUUGGCCAUUUGAAGGAGAUGACAUUUCCUGCCUCUGUUGAAGCUGACAGUAUGGCUAUUGACAUGGAUUUAUCUUCUCCCUAGAAUGAGCAUUUCUGAGUUGUGCUGAAAUUGUUAUUGGGUAUUUGAGUGUCUCUAAGAAAAAUGAUUAUAUUGAAAAAUUGGAGUUGAAGUUACUAUUUUGGUGCUAGUAUAACUCUUAGCAUGACAUUUGAUAGUAUAUUAUGUCUAGCAUUUUAUAAUUUGCAGCUCUCUAUUAGAAACUGACUCUCCACUUUAUAA